AUGGCCCAGAGGACAAGACGGGGACGGCAGAGACAUAACGUGACCGGAGGUUCGUCGGUGGUCCUGUCCACGGCCAGCUCUUUCCUCUGUUGGCUCGCCCUGCUGUCGAUAAUGCGGUUGCCCAUGGUAACAGCCGACUGCUGGCUCAUCGAAGGCGAGAAAGGCUUCGUGUGGCUCGCAAUCUGCAGCAUGAACCAGCCGCCUUACGAGGCCAUCCCCUCCCACAUUAACAGCACCAUUGUGGAUCUGAGGCUGAAUGAGAACAAGAUACGAUCGGUCCAUUUUUCUUCACUCAGUCGCUUCGGCAACCUCACCUAUCUGAACCUCACCAAGAACGAUAUCAGCUACGUGGAAGACGGAGCUUUCUCGGCACAAUUCAACCUGCAGGUUCUCCAGAUGGGUUUUAACAAGUUGAGGAACCUGACGGAGGGAAUGCUGCGUGGUCUGGGCAAGCUGCAGUAUCUCUACCUGCAAGCCAACCUCAUCGAGAGCGUCACACUCAACACCUUCUGGGAAUGCCCCAACAUAGAGAAUAUAGACCUCUCCAUGAACAGGAUCCAGGUGCUGGAUGGUAGUUUAUUCACCGGGCUCUCGAAGCUGACCACCUGUGAACUCUACACCAACCCCUUCAACUGCUCCUGCGAGCUGCUCGGGUUCCUGCGCUGGCUCUCGGCCUUCCCCAACCGGACCAGCGAGAGAAUGGUGUGCGACUCCCCUCAAGGGUUCUUCGGCUACAACCUCCUGAGCCAGAACCCGCGCAUGCCUUCCCAGCGCAACGCUCUGCACGUGCUCAGUCUGGUUUGCACGGACGACGGCAGCAUCGUGACCACCUACUACACCGGCAUGGCGGAUUCCACCACCCUGCCCCCGGAUUUUGCCUCCCCGUGCGGAUUGGACGACUGUGCUUCCGGGACGCCCCCCGAUGAGGUCAUCAACCUGAGCCCCAUUUUCUCCGACACCAAGCCGAUCAUGAUGCUGAAGCAGGUGCUUCAUUCGAGCGCCGUGAUCACGGUUCAGAUUCCUCACCCGUACAGGAAAAUGUACAUCCUGGUGCUUUACAACAACAGCUUCUUCACAGAUAUCCAGAAUCUGAAAAAUAUAAGGGAAGAUAUUGAGCUCAAGAGCCUAAAACCCAACACCGACUACACAUUCUGUGUGGCUUCUAUAAGGAACUCCUUGCGCUUCAACCACACCUGUCUGACCAUCUCCACUGGCCGCCGGGCCGGGGAAGAGAGGAUAGACAACCAGUCGUCAGCCACCCACUACAUCAUGACUAUUUUGGGCUGUUUGUUCGGCAUGUUACUCUGCCUCGGCCUCAUCGUCCAGUGCCUGAGGAAUAAAAGGAUCAUGCAGGAGAAGGAGAUGAAGAUGAACAGGAUCCAAAGGACACUGAUCGAGCUCAAGUAUGGCGGAGAAGAGGAUAUCGAGGGCGGGAGCGGCGGACCCGUUUCCCAGAAGCUCGGUGGCGGCGAGAGUCUGUCCCGAAUGCCCUACCUUCCUCAGGGCGGCGAGAUCGAUCCAUACAAGUUGCAGGAGGUGAUAGAGACGCCGGUGCACAAGCCUGCCAAACUCAACUACAUGGAGGUGAGAGGGUCCGGCAUCGAAAGGGAGAGAGACCGAGAGCGGGAGCGAGAACGAGAGAUGUCGCCGCAGGCCAACCCCCAGGGCUCGGUAGCAGAGAUCUCAACCAUCGCCAAAGAAGUUGAUAAAGUGAACCAGAUCAUCAACAACUGCAUCGAUGCUCUCAAAUCGGAGUCUACCUCCUUCCAACAGGGGAUGAAAUCCCCCUCCUCUGCAGGCGGAGGGGCGGUUUCUACCGCAGAGCCAGAGCUGGUGCUCCUAUCUGAGCAAGGAGAGCGAGAAAGAGGAAGCGAGUUCCUCUCCCCGGUGUAUAAGGGAGGAGGGAGAGGAGGAAGGGAAGAGAGGGGGCGGAGCUAUCAUCACUCUCUGCAGCGACACCACAGCAUGGAGGCUCCUCCGACCUCCAAAAGGCCCAGCACCUCCUCUUCUCCUGGUUCGGCCCGAAGCCCUCGCUCAUUCCGCUCGGAGGGAGGCUACCACUCGUCGGAGACCCGCUACAUCGAGAGGACCUCGACAGGAGGAGAGGCCAUUCGUUCGGUCACCCCUGCGGCGGCUAUCUUGCGAGCUGAAGCCCAGAGGAUCCGCCAGUACAACGAACACCGUCACUCCUAUCCCGGCUCCCAGCAGCACCUCCAGGAGCUGCAGCACCACCCCCAGAUCCUGCAGGAGCUGCACCACCACCCGGGUGGCCGUAAGCCCUUCAUGUUAGACCCCCUCACCCUCAGCCGGCAGGCCAAGCAGCGGGAGCUGGCCUACUCCCAGCUCUCGCCGCACUACCCGCUCUCGCCCCAGUACCACAACCUCAGCUACUGCUCCAGCCCGGACGAGGACGAGGAGGACGAAGGGCUCCUCUGUACCCCGACCCUGGGUCUGUGGGAGAGGUUCAAGCUGCACCGCAAGAGGCACCGGCAGGCGUCCAUGGAGGACGAGGGAUACGUGGCGGCCGGACACGCCCUGAGGCGAAAGGUUCAGUUCGCCAAGGACGAGGAUCUUCACGACAUACUGGACUACUGGAAGGGCGUGUCCGCCCAGCAGAAGACCUGA